GUCCGUCUCUCGUGGUCGCGGGAGAAGAUCAGAGAGACGACCGGACGGUGGAAAAGAGAGAGAGAGAGAGAGAGAGAGAGAGAGAAGAUUGCGAUGUAGCCGGCGACGAUCCUAGAAUCUGAAGCUGCCGAGCCUAGGCCGUCGAUUUUCUUAAGCCCGUUCUUGGUGCUGCUGUUGCCGUUGCUGUUGGUGGUGGUGGUGGUGCUGCUGCUGCAGUGAUUGCUUCUUCCAGCUUUUUCUGUGGCGGAAUAGAGCUGCAGCUCGUCGGGGGCUCGUCUGCUCCCGCUGUUCCCUUCCCCUCCCCGUCUCCUGAGUAGGGUUGCGGAAGUUUUCCGGCGGUCCGUCUGCGCACCACCGAUCGACGAGGAGGCGCGCUCCGUCUUCGGAUUCGGGACGCCGGGGAUAUGGCUUCUCACGAGGUCUCCGUCGUGGGGAGCGACCGGAGGGAGAGGGAGAGGGAGAGGACGGGCUGCGAGGACGACUUGUACAAGGAGCUGUGGCACGCUUGCGCCGGUCCUCUGGUGACGGUUCCUCGCGAAGGGGAGCUGGUUUAUUACUUCCCGCAGGGGCAUAUCGAGCAGAUUGAGGCGUCGAUGAAUCAAGUCGCCGAUCGGCAGAUACCGUUUUACAAUCUUCCCUCAAAGAUUCUCUGCCGUGUCAUUAAUGUUCAAUUGAGGGCUGAACCAGAGACCGAUGAGCUGUUUGCUCAAGUGACUUUGCUUCCGGUGCCUAACCAAGAUGAGACUGCUGUGGAGAAGGAAACUGGGCAUCCCCUGCCUCCACGACCCCGUGUCCAUUCCUUUUGUAAGACACUUACGGCCUCUGAUACGAGCACUCAUGGUGGGUUCUCUGUGUUGAGACGUCAUGCAGAUGAAUGCCUGCCCCAAUUGGAUAUGACUAAGCAACCUCCUACCCAGGAAUUGGUAGCCAAGGAUUUGCAUGGAAAUGAGUGGCGUUUCCGCCACAUUUUUCGGGGUCAACCAAGGCGACACCUACUCCAAAGUGGUUGGUCGCUGUUUGUCAGCUCUAAAAAGCUUGUUGCUGGUGAUGCUUUUAUAUUUCUCAGAGGAGAAAAUGGUGAACUUCGUGUUGGAGUUAGACGAGCGAUGAGGCAACUUAAUAAUGUUCCAUCUUCGAUUAUGCCAAGUCACAGUAUGCAUAUUGGUGUCCUUGCAACAGCAUGGCAUGCCAUUUCAACUGGUACAAUGUUCACUGUGUAUUACAAACCAAGGACUAGCCCUGCUGAAUUCAUCAUUCCUUUCGAUAAGUACAUUGAAUCUGCCAAAUUUGAUUACUCCAUUGGGAUGAGGUUCAGAAUGACAUUUGAAGGUGAAGAAGCUCCAGAACAGAGGUUCUCUGGCACUGUAAUUGGAUCUGAGGAUGUUGAUCCUCCGAGGUGGCCUGGAUCAAAAUGGAGAUGCCUCAAGGUGCGGUGGGAUGAAAUCACUUCCAUUCAUCGCCCGGACAGAGUAUCUCCCUGGAACAUAGAGCCUGCCGUGACUGCACCAGAUAACCUGCCAGCAUCCCGGCCAAAAAGGCCUCGAGCAAGCAUGUCAUCCUCUACUGAUUCUUCUGUCCGGAUGAGGGAAGGUCCUUUGGGAAAUGGUACGGACCCUCCAGCAGAUAUAGGGUUUUCAAAGGCCUUGCAAGGUCAAGAAUUUUCAACCUUGAAGGGCAGCUUAACAUUGAAUAAUGACAUGGAGAAUGCUGAGAUGCCAGAUGCAUGGUAUGAAUUUCCAGGUGAUAAUCGAAAGAGCAUGCAUUUUGGCCAGAGGAAAUGCAGACCAAACACCUGGGUGCCUCAACUAGUGCAGGAAGCAACACUUAUUAAUCUGGUGCCAGAUUCUGGGACUUUUCACCACCGGCAUGGAAUCUUCUCAUCCUUUUUACGCCGGGACAGUGAAAUUACUAAGCGAGCGAAGAAGCAAAAUUCAGCUGAGGAAACAAAAACUGAUUUGAUUCCUUCUCCGGGAUCUGUGAGGCAAGGUCCCUCAUUGAACAUGCUGGGAUCUGGAAUUGUAGCUUCUCUAGAAAAUGAGAGUCGACAGCAGCAGUCUCUUGGUAAUGUUAAAGGCAAUACAAAGAGGGAGAUGAAUUCGGGAAAUUGUUUCCUUCCUAUGCAUUCUCCAUCACUUGCCCAACAAGAGUUGAUAAAAGCUAAUGGAAAUGGCAGUUGUAAGCUUUUUGGAAUUUCCCUCAUGAGUGGUACUGUGGCAACAGAAUCGGAUAAUGGACAUGUGCAUGGCUCACAAAAACCAGUCCUGCAAUCAAAUUUGGUGGAUUAUUCGGAACCUAAUGUACUUGGGAGUCCAAUCAAGUGUUUGAAGAUUGCACCUAGUCCAAUUGCAUAUGGUGAACAGGGAAGGGCAUUUCCAUCUUCGGAGCAGCCAGUUAGAGAUGUAGAGGGCAAGCACCAGGCUGUGUCUACCAGAAGUUGCAUCAAGGUUCACAAGCAAGACAUUCCUGUAGGUAGAUCCGUGGACUUGAGCAGGUUCCAUGGUUACAGUGAGUUGAUAACCGAACUGGACGAAAUUUUUGACUUCAAUGGUGAUUUAGUUGCCCCUUCAAAAGAAUGGUUAGUUGUUUUUACUGAUGAUGAGGGUGACAUGAUGCUUGUUGGAGACGAUCCAUGGGAGGAAUUCUGUGGCAUGGUCCAUAAGAUCUUUAUCUACAGUAGGGAAGAGGUAAAGAGGAUGGCUCCGAGACCCUUGGUUCCUAAAAGUGAGGAGAUUUCCCCGAAAACUAGCCAUAAAAGGUAUUCUGGAGGAAUCUGAAGUUUGCAAUGGCGUAUGACUGCAGACCCAUAGCAAACUUUUGGAUUUUGUGAAAGCUGCGGGUGAGUGUGUGGCUGCUGUUUCUGAUGGUUGCUCAGGAUGUUAACUUUCGAUGGUUGAUACCAUCAGUCCUUUAUGCUUACUAUUCCUUUGCCCCGUGUAAAUCUGUAACUAGAAGUGUUUAUUUAGCCUUUGACAUCUCCCAGACCAGCAUUUUCCUUUUUGCUUGGUAUACUAUCUUGCAAUUUUUCUUGAGUAUGUGAGCCAGUGAGUGGAAAGCCAUUGUAAAUAUCAUAAACAACACCUACUGUACGGCCUGAAAUAUCAUAUUGAGUUGGUAUUUGAAAAGCUUUACAUA